UAUUUUUCUUUUUUUUUUUUUUCUUUUGUUGCAGCUGGUCUCCAACAUUCUCAUCUUCUCCUGUACAAACAUUGUAGGCGUGUGUACCCACUACCCAGCAGAGGUGUCCCAAAGACAGGCUUUCCAGGAGACCAGGGAAUGCAUACAAGCCAGGCUGCAUUCUCAAAGGGAAAACCAGCAGCAGGAGCGUCUCCUGCUCUCUGUGCUUCCUCGACAUGUUGCCAUGGAGAUGAAAGCUGACAUUAAUGCCAAACAGGAAGAUAUGAUGUUUCAUAAGAUCUACAUCCAGAAGCAUGACAACGUCAGCAUCCUCUUUGCAGACAUAGAGGGUUUCACAAGUCUGGCCUCCCAGUGCACUGCUCAGGAGCUGGUCAUGACGCUGAAUGAACUCUUUGCCAGAUUUGAUAAGCUAGCAGCUGAGAACCACUGUUUACGUAUCAAGAUCCUGGGUGAUUGCUAUUACUGUGUGUCUGGGUUGCCAGAAGCACGAGCUGACCAUGCACACUGCUGUGUUGAAAUGGGAAUGGAUAUGAUAGAGGCCAUCUCACUAGUCCGGGAGGUGACAGGAGUAAAUGUCAACAUGAGGGUUGGAAUCCACAGCGGGAGAGUUCACUGCGGGGUCUUGGGCCUUAGGAAGUGGCAGUUUGAUGUGUGGUCCAACGACGUUACAUUAGCCAACCACAUGGAAGCAGGGGGCAAAGCUGGGCGCAUCCACAUAACAAAAGCAACCCUGAACUAUCUCAACGGAGACUACGAGGUGGAACUGGGCUUUGGAGGAGAACGCAACGCUUAUCUGAAAGAGCACAGUAUUGAGACCUUCUUGAUUGUACGGUGCAGCCAGAAACGGAAAGAUGAGAAAGCCACAAUAGCCAAGAUGAACCGUCAGCGUGCUAACUCCAUCAGCCAUAACCCUCCACACUGGGGUGUUGACCGGCCCUUUUAUAAUCACCUUGGAGCUCACCAGGUCUCCAAGGAGAUGAAGAGAAUGGGUUUUGAGGACCCCAAGGACAAGAAUACACAGGAAAGUAUGAACCCAGAAGAUGAAGUGGAUGAGUUUCUGGGCCGUGCCAUCGAUGCCAGAAGUAUUGAUCGGUUACGCUCUGAGCAUGUGCGCAAGUUCCUCUUAACAUUCAGGGAACCUGACUUGGAGAAAAAGUACUCCAAGCAGGUGGAUGACAGGUUUGGAGCCUACGUGGCUUGUGCCUCCCUAGUCUUCCUCUUCAUCUGCUUUGUUCAAAUCAUAAUUGUGCCACACUCUACAUUUAUGCUGGCUUUUUACCUGACCUGUUUCCUGAUCCUGACCACGGUGGUGUUUGUUUCCGUCAUUUACUCCUGUGUAAAGCUUUUCCCAGCUCCGCUCCAGACUCUUUCUAAGAAGAUUGUACAGUCCAGGACCAAUAGUACCUUAGUUGGAGUCUUUGCCAUUAUCCUGGUUUUUCUAUCUGCCUUUGUCAACAUGUUCCUGUGCAGCACUGUGGAUCUUGCCAGCUGCAUGGCUGCAGAAUACAACAUCACUCCUGACCGGGUGGACAUAUGCCUUAUCAGCAACCUGACUUCCAACUACAGCCUGGGCACCUUGCAGGGAUUCUGUGACAGUCCUUUGCCCAACUGCAACUUUCCAGAGUAUUUUACCUACAGUGUCUUAUUGAGUCUCCUGGCCUGCUCUGUGUUCCUUCAGAUCAGCUGUAUUGGAAAACUGAUCCUUAUGUUAAUCAUUGAAUUUAUAUAUGUUCUCAUUGUGGAAGUGCCAGGGGUCAACCUUUUUGACAAUGCAGAUCUCCUGGUUACAGCUAACACCUACAUGUCUGCGAAUGCAACGUUACCAUGCUCUCCAGCAAUGACACGAGUCGCGCUGAAGAUUGUGACCCCUGUCAUCAUUACUGUCUUUGUCCUGGCACUGUACUUGCAUGCGCAGCAAGUGGAAUCCACUGCAAGGCUUGAUUUCCUCUGGAAGCUCCAGGCCACAGAAGAGAAAGAAGAAAUGGAGGAGCUGCAGGCCUAUAAUAGACGCCUCCUCCACAACAUUUUGCCGAAGGACGUGGCAGCCCAUUUCUUGGCUCAGGAGCGGCGAAAUGAUGAACUGUACUACCAGUCCUGUGAGUGCGUGGCUGUCAUGUUCGCCUCCAUAAGCAACUUCUCAGAGUUUUACGUGGAGCUGGAGGCCAACAACGAAGGGGUGGAGUGUCUGAGACUGCUCAACGAGAUCAUUGCCGAUUUUGAUGAAAUAAUAAGCGAAGACCAAUUUCGGCAGCUGGAGAAGAUCAAGACCAUCGGCAGUACAUACAUGGCUGCAUCAGGCCUCAAUGAUUCCACUUACGACAAGGAAGGGAAGACACAUAUCAAAGCUCUGGCUGAUUUUGCCAUGAGGUUAAUGGACCAAAUGAAAUACAUUAAUGAACACUCAUUCAACAACUUCCAGAUGAAGAUAGGCCUCAAUAUUGGUCCUGUUGUAGCUGGGGUGAUCGGAGCACGCAAACCCCAGUAUGACAUAUGGGGCAACACGGUGAAUGUAGCCAGCCGAAUGGACAGUACGGGUGUGCCUGACAGGAUUCAGGUAACCACAGACAUGUACCAGGUUUUAGCAGCCAACAACUAUCAGCUGGAAUAUCGAGGGGUCAUUAAGGUCAAAGGCAAAGGAGAAAUGACCACCUACUUUCUAAAUGAAGGGCCUCCAAUUAGUUAGCACCGAUUGCAGUGUCACUCAAAGAUGGAAUUUGCAUUACACGAGGUUGUGAAUCGGAGAAGAAUCACUUUUUUUUGGCAGCGAAGCUGAAAACGCAACGCAGUUGAAAUUUCACACCGUGACUCUAGAGCUGAUAUCAGCAAGCUCUUUGGCCACCCAUCACGAGAGGCAAUCGAAAGAAACCACCUUGGAGUUGUUCCUGGCUGAGUGCUAAGUCGACCAAAGAUGUGUACUACAGAGUUCACAGAUAAGACAUGAAUUUGGAAUUUUUAAAAAAGGCUGCUACCACAGGAUGAUAUAAGAAGCUAUUUAAGUAUUUAUUGACGCAACACAACAUUUACUUGGUUGAAGGAAUGUAUGAUUCACUACAAAGCAUUAUUUUGGAAUGGAUUUGCACUCCCAUAAUGUUUCCAUCCCAUACUGCCAGCUAUUUGAAGUGUACCACUGUGCUUUUAUUAGCUGUUUUGAAUGGGCUUUCAAAAUUGACACCCACUGUUGCAGCACACAAAAAGGCCUUUUAGAAGGGCAUCGGUAACGUUUUAGUGUGAAAAGACAUUAGAGCCCUGGCCCCCUCUUUUCCCUUCUUCUACGUGGCUAAAUGACUGCUCUUCUGAGUGGGGCUGGCACAUCUGAUGAAGGGGAAGAUCAAGAUAAAGAAAGAUGGCUCUACAACCGUAUUUAUUAAAAAGUCUUCUGUGCUCUUCUUUGGUAAAUAUCAGUUUACAUGGGAAAGACUAGAUGUAAACAAGAGACACUUUGUGGGGGGGAACUCCCCUGAAAUUUGUUGUGGUUUUUUU